AACGCCCAGAUACCAUCCCCUGGCCGAGGUAGCUUCGGGGACGGCGCCGGUCCUCGCUCUGGACCUUAAAAGAGCGUGGUGGUCCAGCCUAGGUGUGAGGGGCCGGAGACGACGCGUCGACGGCUACGAGCACCAUUUCUUCGGUGUACCAGACCGGCGGGUCCAGGACCUGGCCGUGUAGCGUACAUUUUGGUGUUACCCAUAAGGGGAACGAUCGUUAUCAGCACGAUAUUGGAAGAUAACCCUCGAAUUGGGACAAGAUUCAGGACCGAAGCGGUCUACAAUCAGCAGAAUCGAGGAUUCGCGUCAUUCCAGCAUUUAGUGUUAAAUUCCGUGCGUUGGACGCUAAAUAACGAAGUGAAAAUCAAAACCGCAUGGGUUUUUAGGUUAUUAGUGUUGUGCCAAUUUCAUUGAACAGAUUACCGGUUAAGUUGCCAAGUUGGUAACAUUGAGUGACUAACUUCACAUCGAACAACUGUCAGCUGUCAGAAUCGGCCAUAGUGUAUAGACUCUAAGUUACGUCAAACUUCAAGUUGUUGACAUAUUAAACGUCAAAUUCAUUUACUUGCCGGAUCGAUAUUGUUAAUCGCUAUUAUAAUAUAGAAAACAAGUGUUACAAUUUAGAGUUAACUUUACUGUGAGAUAUUUGUGUUCAUAGCAAACAUGUCGCUAAAAGCCGCAAAGGUUCAAUUAAAGACGCGUUAUUUAAUGUUAACGGAUUAUGCUGGCACAAUUGUGGUACGACCAGGCACGAUCGCCGCGACCGUAGCAAGGAGGCAUUUCCGAGAAGCCUACAAAACGUAUGUUUCGGCAUACGAGUCAUUGGUGGCGAGUGAUUCGGAACUUGCAGAGGAGGAAAGACUACUGUACCAGCAGCAAUUUAGCGAGGUAAAUCGACUCCUCAUUCAAUUGGAUGAGGCAUCAGAGGAAGAGGAGUCCGGGAGGCCCUCAACCUCAAAACAUCAAGAAGUUGCCCCUGCGCGUAAAGACGCUCUUUGAGGAGCGGCACGGGACAGAUCCGCAAGUGCUACCGACCCUUACCCAGCUAGUGUCGCUACUAGAUGAACAAUGCCGGGUGCAGCAGGCGAUCUCCCCUGCAGCAGUGGAACGAACUCCUGCGGCACGCCGGUCACUCACUGCUAGAGGUCGAGGCGGCGCAGCGCCGGCUCACCACCUGGCAGCCCCCCGGGUCCUGGCAGCACAACCGGAACCCAAUGAUCAGACGACACCAGUUUGUCUUCACGGCCGACAUCCGCAUGAUGUUCAGGCAGACGUGGAUACACCCCGACGAUAGGCGCUAUCAGCUGAUCCUGUGGCGUGAGGAUCCGUCGCAGGACCUACAGGUAUAUGAGUUAAAUACUAAUACCUACGGGCUACGGUCAAGCCCCUUUGUCGCAAUAAGGACGCUAAUACAAUUAGCCAAUGAUUGGCAAGCUCAGCAUCCAGGCUCCCCAGCUGCAGACGUCGUGCGACGGCAGGUAUAUGUUGAUGACGUACUGGCGGGAGCAGAGUCAAUUGCGGAGGCCCAGCAGCUAAAAUCGGAGCUCACAGAUCUCAUGAGCAGUGCUGGGUAUGAACUUAGAAAAUGGUCGUCCAACUGUCGCGAGUUACUGCAGGACCUACCACAGGAAUAUUGUGAGAUACCUCAUCAAUUCGACGCAGAAGAUAAGAGCCUCAUAAAGGUAUUAGGCAUCCAAUGGAACCCGAUAAACGACACAAUGUCAUAUCAAAUCAACGUACCCCUAGGGCAAGCGAUAACCAAGCGAAGCGUGUUAAGUACUAUCGCUCGAUUAUAUGAUCCUUGCGGAUACUGUGCUCCCAUCGUCCUACAGAUUCAAACUGUUUAUGCAAUCACUUUUUUCAGAUGGAAUGACGUGGGAUGA